UUCCGCGUCAGAACCCGGAUGAGCCGGUCAGCUGUUUGUCAGUCAUGAUAAAUAAUAAUGUACGCGGAUCACAGAACAGUGUCAGCAUGGAUCAAAAACCCGAUGAACGCGUGCAAAGCCACAGGUGUGAGCUGCUGGAUCUGCCAUGGGAGGAUGUGUUAGUAAGUCAUGUGUUCUGUCAUCUGCCUCUGCGUCUGCUGGUGAGUCUUCAGCGUGUCAGUAAGACUUUCCGCUCCCUCAUUCAGGUGUAUCUGGACAACUGCCGCACCUUUGACCCAGCACAGACCGGACCUCACAUUCCCCGUGAAGCCUUCUGCUCCAUCCUCCGCCACAACCAGGUCCUCCAGCACCUCAGCAUCACCAACUGCUCUGAUUGGAUCACAGACACAGAUCUUCUGCCUGUGAUUGGCCAAAACCAGCAGCUGCAGCAUGUUGACCUGCGUGGCUGCGCUCAGCUGAGCCGGCGUGCGCUUGUUUCCGUGUCUCUGAGCUGUCCGCGCCUGCAGCACCUCAGCCUGGCGCACUGCGAGUGGGUGGACAGUCUGGCGCUGCGCAGUCUGGCUGAUCACUGCCCACUGCUGCGCUCGCUGGACCUCACCGCCUGCCGCCAGCUCAAGGACCCGGCCGUGUGCUAUCUAGCGGGGAAGUGUCCGGAGCUGCGGGCGCUGUCAGUGGCUGUGAACGCCAACAUCACAGACACUGCAGUGGAGGAAGUGGCUAAGAAAUGCAGAGAGAUGGAGAGACUGGACCUCACCGGCUGUCUGAGGGUCAGGAAUGAAGCUAUCAGGACGUUAGCGGAGUACUGUCCCAAACUGCAGUCUCUGAAAGUCAACCACUGUCACAAUGUGACGGAGUCAAGCCUGGGCGUCCUGCGGCGGAGGAACGUGGAGAUCGAUGUGGAGCCUCCCCUGCAGAGGGCGCUGGUGCUGCUGCAGGACGUGGUGGGAUUCGCCCCCUUCAUCAACCUGCAGAUUUAACACACACACACACACACACACACACACACACACACAGUACAGGCCCUUCUGGAGUCCACAAGAGGUGUUUUUAUCCCCUGGGGGUCGACUUUUGAAACGCUUUUACACCAAUGCAAAAUCACAGAAGACACAACACCAAAUACACAUUCAAGUGCUUGACUGGUUUAGUGAAUUAUAGCAUUUAAAAAGAGACUUUCUUUGGUUUAAAACCAAUCAAUUAGCUCUGGUCCUAUUAUACCAUCACAUAAAAGGACAUUGGUGGAAAUAUCUUAUUUAUUAAAGCUGCUUUUUACAUUGUCAUGCAAGAACCAAAAUGUUGUAUUGGUUUACACUCACGAAAUACUGAAAUAUUUGCACUUUUUCAGUGCAGCUUUACUGGACCAUUUUAGUGCUGAUUUUAUUCUCAUUUAAGAGAGAAGAACGUCAUCGUAAUAUUAAGGAACUCCACUGUAGAUUGUCAAUUACACAUGAAUUGUAUGCGAAUAUAUUGAUAUACUCAUAUGCACUUUGAAGCCUCAGUUUGACAAUAUCAUUUAGGUUUUGGUUGACUAUUGUGAAUAAAUAAGACAAAUCUUAUAGUAUAUAUCUCAUAUAAUCUUAUGUUUUAUCAGCAAAUAUGUGCACAGAAAUAUUGCUAUCAGCUCAGUUAUUUUUCUGGUAUUGCUCCUUAUAUUGCAUUGAUAAAAAUCCUAAAUUGACCACAUUGAAACAUAUUUAUAUUGAGCGUUAAGUGUCACAAUAUCACAAUAAUGUGCUUUUCUAUAUGUUACUGGUCUUUUGUAUCUGCUGCUUUAUUAUAAAUAAUUCAAGGUGUAUAAUUUGUUUGUAAUUGUUAUCAUUUUAACAAUAUCGAAAUGGUAUAUUCUUUUGCACAUGCAUUUUUGCUUUUGUAUAUAGGCAUGGGACGAUAACCGUUUUCAAGGUAUACCACGGAUUGUGAAAGGCAAGGUUUUAAAACCGCCAAAAUUUUCUGUUAAGAUUUUUUUAAUUACGUUUUUUUUGUUGUUGUUUAUUAGGACAACAGUAUCUCCAGCAGAAAAUAUAUCCAGAGAUGCCAUUUUAAAUGGUAAAGAAAUCUGUUUUCGAUACUAAUGAAGACAGCAGAAGUCAAUGAUUGUUUUGAAUCAUUCAGCCUGACAUGUUUACUGCUCCAAAAUAUUUGAAAUGUUUCUCAAAAUAAAAUACAUUGUGUUCAAAGGGGGAAAAAGUUUUUGUUUUUAACCCGGACAUUUAAAAAGAAUAUUUUAGAACAAUACCAUGAAACCGUGAUAUUUUUAUCCAAGGUUAUCAUACCGUCAGAAACUUAUAGUGGCCCAUGCCUAUUAGUGUAAUUCUGCAAACGUGUGGUUGACUGUAAAUAAUUAAAUGCAGAUUGCUGACAAAGUAUAAAGUCUUUUGC